AUGGAUUACGAGACUCUUUUAUUCGAUCUAAAGCCUCUAGUUGAGCAUGAAGAGUUGAAUCGCGAUUUGAUUCAUGAUAAAUAUUUUGAAGUGCUUGAUCAGUUGGCGGUUUCUUUACGCUCGUCGUCCAACAGAGAGGUAGUUGGAUCAUCCGGACUUUUGACAGGCCUAAUUCUCAUUCUCAAUAAAGCGCUUUGCAGUUUUUUUGUGGAAGGUGAUAAGUACUAUAUAUGGUUGAAGCUAGCCUCUUCACUAGCAAGAUGCGUGGCAAAUUGCGUGGCUGACAAUGAUGAUAAUAGGAAAAUACUCAUUGAGAAGGACAACUCCUGCGGUCGCAGUCUUUUGAGGGAGUUAAUACCGGAGCUAUUCCAGUUCGACGACAACAGUGAUACCGACUUGUGUUUGGCGCUGCACAAGCAUACUGUGGCUCUGGUUAAAAAUCUUCUUCUUGAGAACGAUGAAUAUAUUGAAAUGUGCGGAUCAAAUAUCCAGCAGCCAUUAUUUUUUUUGAUUUCAAAGCUGUAUAGUGAUAAUAUGACCGAAUAUGAAACGGUUGAUAUGAGUUUUGAACUACUGGUGGAUCUGAUUGAAGUAAACGGAUCUCAAGGUACACUCCAGGACGUGAGUCUCGUAGCCAAAUUUAUUUCAAAGAUCUCUACUGUUCUAAGGCAAUUAGAUGAACCAGAAGAUGGUGACAUGGAACGCGACAAUUUUUGCGUGGAGAUUAUCAUGAAUAUGGCAAAGUAUCUCGAGGUCACUGUGAUGAAAAAUUCAUAUUCAUGGGACUCAAGUUCCUAUCUGCACAUUCAUGAAGUGGAAGAAACAUUAUUCAUGUGUUUAUCAAAGCUAGGCUCGUUUAAUUUUUCUAAUAAGCUGAUAAUAAUGAGAAGAUUAACAACGCCGUUUGGAUACUUGACCACAAUAAGAGAUUAUUCUAAUGUAAGCGAACAGAAUUUGUGCGUUGACAUGCUUUCUAAACAUCUAGAAAAUGGAUAUAUUACAAGUUGUGCAUUGCUGGUCCUGUCAAAUUCCAUCACGUCUCGUAAGGAUGUCGAUAUAAUCAACGACCGGAUCUCUCUGAAGGAGAUAAUAAAAACAGGUGAAUUUUUUGAGGAUCCAAUUCAAUACCAAGGAUACCUCGAUAUUCUGAAGAAACUUCUAAAUUUAUCAAGCAUAAUCCAAUUAGAAAAUACCGAUUUACUGAGUUUAUGCAAUGUGUUAAAGUCAUGUUACGAAAAAUCCCAAUUCUUCAAACAACUAUUACCACUUUUAUCAGCUCUUAUACAAAAACUACUUGCAACUCUUCCUAGCUCUUCGAUACAUUUCCUGCUCUCGAGUAAAAACAGUAUCUUUCUGCAAAUUAUUAUCGAAAAUGAUGGCAUAUUCUCAUGUUUGGCAUUGGAUAAACUUCUAGUAUCAGGAAGAGCAGGCUCUCCAGAUGUCUAUCAACAGCUUUGGAAAUCCGCAUUCAAAAUUCUUGCCAAUCUGGAGUCAGACAAUGUCGUUCCACCGUUUACCCUGUUUCAGUUAGCCAAACCCAUCGCGAUCUAUUUGAAGAAUUGCGAAGCCCAACAUAUCUCUUUUGAGAAAAACGUUAUGUUUCAUGAAUAUUCCGACGACGUCAACGCUUUCCUCAUCAACAUAUCGAAACUAGAAUUUGUUGAGGAUAAAGCAAGCAGAGCUGCUUGGAAUAAUGGUAAAUUCGUAGCCGCCAUGAUUAUCAAGCAAUUGAAACAAGAGCAAGAACUUCCCCCUCAGAUUGAGGUUAUAAGGGAAAAAUGUGAGAUUAUGCUCCAUAAACUAGUGCUUUAA